AUGCGUGUACAUGCAUCCAUCGCAAUAGCCGCCGUCGCUGCGCUAACAACAGUCUCUCGAGCAGCUCUCAUCAACCUCCCCACGCUCUACUCUUGCGAACCUGCCUCGAUCCACAUCUUGGCCAAGGGAAACUACACCAUCGAAGGUCGCGAUGACAAUUCACACAAACUCGUCUUUCGCGCGCGCAUCAAAAAAGGCGUCUUGGCCGUCACUUGGGAUACGGUCGACCUACCCGCCAAUGCUACCGCGUUGAUCACGGUUAUCGAUCAAAUCUCGCCCACCGACACUUCCAACAAUUCGGUUCAGGGUUCCAUCUUUGCCAACCCAGCCGGCAACACCACCUGCUUGGCCAAGGCUCGAGAUCACCGCAGCAGCGCCAAACAGAAAACAAUGGUUCCUACCAUUAUCGGCAUUGCCCUCGGUGCAUUUAUGGUACUAGUGUUGCUCUUAAUCGGAGGCAUGUUGUAUAGACGCAGAAAAGAAAAGUCGGAAAAAAUUGAGCAGGACAGUGUCGAUCUCAACCACAGCUAUACGCAGGGAAGCAUCCCCGCCGGUGGAAGCUACAUGGCUCGCUUGGUACCCGGCUUGAAGCUACAGGAGGCCAGACCGUUGCCUAGAGACCCAGUAUUGGAAUCCGAACACGCCAACUACGCUUCAACAAGAAGAGGCACGUACUACUACAAGAACGGUGCGGCACCCGACAUCCUCGCCUACGCACCAUCAGGAAGCAGCUUUGAACUGCCAAAGUACAACCACAAGAACACGCAAGCGUAUCAUCACCAAUCCACACCCUCGUCCACAGGCGCAGAUCCAUUCUCCUCGCAAGUCGAUCUUGGCACCGAGCCAUUCCACCAUCACCAACAACGGCCGCUCUAUCAGCACAAAGAUUGGGACGAAUCACAGACUUCCUUCCUGUCCAAAAAACCCUCACCAUGA